ACCAAUGGGGCGAUUAGGAACCAUCAUAUCUGCCCUCCACAGCAUCUGCAUUGCAGCAGCUGUGGUUUCUGAGUACAAACGUGAAUCUCAGCAUCUGACCUCCUGUGAACUGAACAGAGCAGCCUCCCAGACAAUUGACAAUUACAUUCCCCAGUGUACUCCAGAGGGCAAGUACAGGAAUGUGCAGUGCACGAAAGAUGGACAAUUCUGCUGGUGUGUCAAUAACAAGGGGGAUGCAGUGUUAGGUAGCAAUCAAACUACAUCACCAACUGCCUGCUUAUCCUUUUGCCAGCUCCAUCGCCAGCAGGUUCUGGUAAGUGGUUAUGUGAAUAGCAGCAGUACCUCCUAUAUCCCACAAUGCACAGAAACAGGGGACUAUGAGAUUAUGCAGUGCAGCACUGCCCCCCGACAGUGCUGGUGUGUCGACAGUGAUGGGAUGGAAAUCUAUGGAACACGUCAGGACAAACGGCCACUGCAAUGUCCCACAAGCUGCGAGGUCCAAGAUCGGCGAAUUCUCCAUGGCAAUGGAGUGAGGUCCCCACCUCAAUGUUCCAAAGGUGGGAAGUUCUUGCCCGUCCAGUGUAGGUUCAUCAACACAACCAACAUGAUGAUCUUCGACUUACUCAAUAACUUCAACAGAUUUCCGGCUGCAUUCCACACAUUCAGUGCCUUCAGGAGAAGUUUUGCCAAUGUUUCUGCUUACUGUUAUUGUGCUGACAGUUUGGGACGGGAACUUCAGGCCACGGGUCUGGAGUUGUUAUUGGAUGAAAUCUAUGAUACCAUCUUCAAUGCUUCGCAGAAUGGGCACACGUUCACAGACACUGGCAAUUAUCGCAUUCUGCAGAGGAGAUUCCUCGCCGUGCGACUGCUGAUCACCGGCAGAUUUAGAUGCCCGACAAAAUGUGAAAUUGAGAGGUUCACAGCUUCCUCGUUUGGUAAUGUCUUCACCCCCUCAUGUGAUAACAGUGGAAACUAUCUCCCAGUCCAGUGUCAGAAGGGGAGUCUGUGUUGGUGUGUAGAUUCCAAUGGACAAGAGAUCUUUGGAACAAGGCAACAGGGGAGUGUGCCUGACUGCAGCAAUGACAAGAGUGGCUGUAAAUCUGAGAGAAAACGCAUGCUGUCGCGACUUUUCUAUGGACCUGUUGGCCACUUCAGUCAAAACAAUAUCUUUGCUACGCCUACAUCUCUGAGUCCGACACUGGAAAGAAUUGGUAUGUCUCUACGCCACUGCAGCCCAGACCUGAAACAACUGUUCAUAAAAUCUGGAUUGUUGCUUUCUAUCUCCCAGUUUGUAGACCAGGACAUUGGUCAGGCUGACCUAGAAGUAAUUCUGACUGAGAUUGUACAGGGGACAUUUCUAACCAAGGAUUUAGCACUCACUGCCCUUCAGUUUUCUGCAUCCUCAAAAUUCUUUGUCAAAAAUUUGUUUGGAGGCAAAUUUCUGAAGAACCUGAGUCUAUUCAAUUUCACUGGCAGCCUCGGGAGUAGGGGGACAUUUAAUUUCAGUCAGUUCUUCCAGCAAAUUGGCUUAAGAGGAAUGUAUAGUGGGGAAAACUUUGUGGAACUUGCCAAAUUGUUCUCUCCGAUUGAAGACUCCUAUUUCUCCAAAGGAACCUCAGAAUUCUCCAAGGACACCUUCAACUUGAAUCAGACAAUUGAGGACAACUUUGGGCGGCCAGUAAAUUUACAAGAGAACCAGAAUAUGGUGAAGCUUAUAAGUACUCUGUUUGAGGAUCAGAAUGUGCUUACAACAUUGCGUGAAAUCAUUACCUUCUUUGGUGGACAGGAUGAUAACUUAGCUGAAACAAUCCAACUGGUGUUAAGGAGUGCGAAGGUUGGUAUCUGUGAACGCCCGACUUCAAAUCUCUUUGUUCCGAAGUGCACUGGAGAUGGACGGUAUGAAGAGAUCCAGUGUCUAGGCACAGAUUGCUGGUGUGCAGACAGUCAAGGGUUGGAGAUUCCAAACUCAAGAGUCCGGGGUCAAAGGCCACAAUGUCCUACCAAGUGUGAGCAAGAACAUAAGCGAUUAAUAGAUUUGAGAGGACACCAAUCAGCGGGAUCUGAUGUGUUUAUCCCUACAUGCAGAAGUGAUGGUAAUUUUCAGUCCAUGCAAUGUGAUGGGAUGAACUGCGUUUGUGUAAAUCUCCAGGGUAGGAAGACACCUGAACUAAGGAAGAUAACUGGAGGAAGCGUGUUGUGUCCCAGUGCUUGCCAAUUGUCUGCUGCAGAGAAUUUUUUAAAGACAAUUGAGAUAUUGCUGUCAGAACCAAACUUGCUCUCAGUGCCUUCGGUCUACGUAACUCAGUGCAAGGAAAAUGGAGACUGGCGACAAGUCCAGUGUGAUGGCCUUCCACAACAGGUCAUUGAAUUUUAUCAACAGUGGAUUUCUCAGAAUAAUGGAGGCCAGGAAAUGUCAUUCACUGCUAUCUUAAAUGAGGUCAUUGAUUACCGCAGAUCAUCUAAUGUCUCCAAGAGUUUUGAGAUGUUUGUGAAGGAACUCUACAGAAAGAGACAUCACCAUGUUUUUUCAGUUUUUUCUGCUUUCUCAACUUUUGAUUCAAUUUCUGCUGACGAUGUUGCAGCAAUUGUCGCCUCUAAACCUGGCACUAAUAUCUUGCUGAAUCCUUACGUGUUUUGGCAGUUGUUGUUUGGUGCUGUGACACACUAUCCUGGUUUAUACACUGAUUUCAGUGUGAAAUUGAAUAAGAUGGAGCUGCGUAGAUGCUGGUGUGUUGAUGAGAAAGGACAAGAACUUCCAGGGACAAAGGCUGAAAUGGGUCGAUUUCCCCAAUGCCCAGGAUCCUGUGAUCGUGCUGUUCAACAAAUCUUUCAUUUUAUUGUUCAGGCAGAGGAAAUAAUGGUGGAUUCCAAAAAUUCCAAUAUUUCCUUUGGCCAGGCUUUCUUAUCUGCCAGUGGUAUACAACUGACUGAGAAUGAACUUCAGUCUUUUGGGAAGUUCCAAUCAGCUCCUUCCUUUUCUGAAGCUUUGUUGAGUGGAGCUGACUAUGCUGUUCGAUUGGCUGCCCAAUCCAGUGAGCAACUUGGUUUAAUGUCUAAAUGUGCACAUUAUUGUGCUGACCUUGAAUUAAACUGUCUUGCAAUUCUGAUUCUGAGAAAUCAAUUCACCAGAGAAGGGAUUCUUGGGGAAUUAACUCUAAAAGGUUACAGCCCUUACAUCCCCCAAUGUGAUGGCCUUGGAAACUGGGAAUCAACUCAGUGCUUUGAGAGUACUGGUCAGACUCCAUGUCAACGCUCUCAAACAAAUGCUGCAGUGGCUGGAUGGAAGCGUGUGGGUUUUCAGGUUAAUUCUACAACCAGGGAAUUAUUUAAUCCAACUUGUUCUGUGAGUGGAGAAUACAAUAUCUUGCAGUUGUCAGAUUCUGGAGAUGGUAAAGCUUGGUGCAUUGACCCAGUGACAGGAAAAGCUUUUCAACCGGCUGUAACUGAUUCAGAUGGGCAGAAACAUUGUCCCAGCAGAUGUGAAAUUCUCAAUAGUCAAGUGAUGCAGCAGGAGGUGGGCAUAGGGUACAUCCCAGUAUGUGAGGAAUUUGAUGGUUCCUUCUCUGCUGUACAGUGUGAUCAGGGCAAAGGGAGAUGUUGGUGUGUCUUUACAAGUGGUGAAGAAAUCCCUGAAACAAAAGUCAACACAACAACUGGAUUGAAACCUGCUUGCAACCGCCCACAGUGUGCAUUACCCUUCAAUUCUCCUGCUGUGUCAGAUGGCAUUGUACUGUGUAAUGAGGUACCAAUUGGUCAGUCUCUGCAACAUUGCCGUCUGAUUUGUCGUCAAGGCUACCAAAGUGCAUUUGAUGGGACAAAAUUUGUAUGUGAUACACAGAACGAUAAGUGGAUUACAGAAUUCCCACAUCCAGAGGCUUGCCAGAAAAUCAACCUAUUUCAAGUGGCUCUGGCACAAAGAUGGUUUCAACUUCUGUUGCCUCCUGGGAAAGCAUGUAACAGUGAUUAUUUAGGAUUACUCAAAGCAUUUAAAAUCUUCAUUACUGAUGAUCUGAGAGCGAGAGGAUUUUGUCACAUUCAGGUGACUAUUUCUGGAGAAACAUUGCUGAUCUCAGUAUGUGAUGACUCAACUGUGUCGGUCGGAUGUUUGAACAUAAACCACUUAGGAGUAAAUGUUACUUGGAAAGUACAGCUUCAGGAUAUCCCAGUAUCUGCUCUUCCUGAUCUGCAUGAUAUAGAAAAUGCUCUCCUGGGUGAUGGGCUGAUUAAACGUUUCACUGAACUGAUUAACAGUGGGAACUAUCACCUCAGUCUGGAUUCCAAACAGUUUUUAGCAGAUGUCUUCACCGAUAUUCCUACAGACCAAAGCCAUGGCUUCCUACCCUCUGUCCACCUUGGAUGUAGUGAUGGUUACAUAAAGAUUUCAGUUACACAGAGAAGUGGUCACAAUGUUAGUGGGUGUGUGUUCCGACAGUUUGAAAGUGUUGAUGAAUCCCAGCUGAUUCUGAACUCCGAAGGCACAGACAUCAGCAAAGUUUUACCAGCGCAUGCUGAUCGUCAGAGACAGCUUCUAGAUUGUCUCACAGAAUGCUCAGGAAAUGAGACAUGUGACUUUCUGGUGUUAUACCACAAAGGGGAGGUAUUCCAUUGUGAGCUUUACAGUACCUCUGAAUCCAACUUGCUUUGCAAAACCUUUGGACAGAGUCAAGGAUUUCUGGGGAGUUCAUCUACAGCCAAAUAUGAUGGGAUUAGUUGCCAGCUCAGGAUCAGCAGUAAUGGUGAUGGAAAUCUGAGUGUCUACCGGAAAAAGGGUCAUGAAUUCACGACAACAUUCCGCAAGAUCUUCCUGCGGACAGAUUUUCGUAAUGUGAUUACAGGCGUAUACCAGGCAAUAGCUUUUUCUGCACGUGGUUCAAGUUUAACAGAUGUACAUCAUUUCUGCAGACAGGCCUGUGGCAAGGAGCAAUGCUGUGAUGGCUUCAUAUUGAGCCAGAUAAUCAUUGAUGAAGGUACCCUGCUCUGUGGCCUAAUGAGUUAUCCAGAUGUUCUGCUUUGCAAUCAUAAUGACUGGCAGGCGACAUCACUGCUUGAAGGAGAGGGUGUAUGUAGAGGUGUGAAAUCCAACACGGAGAAGAAAACAUUCAUGUUCAGCUUUGGAGGCCUGGACUUCACUGGCACUUAUGCACUUUUAUCGAAGAAUUUUGUGAAUGCUGAGUACUCCACGGAACUGUCUCCAGAAAUGAAGGAAGAGAUUCAGAGAUCAUUCAACUCUUUCCAGCGUAUCUAUCUCUGGCAGGAUUCUAACAUGAACACACGGAUGAAGUCAUUCUCUGAAUGUGCUGGGAAAGUCCUACAAGAUCAACAGAGCCAAGAUGUGCCAGAAAACACCAGAGAACAUUUUUCACAGCUGGGCUCCAAGCUUGUCCGAGUAGAUCUGAACCAAUCCGUUCCAAAUCAGCGUUACCAGCUUUUCAAGCAUCAGUUUUCAAUGAAACAAGCAGAGCUGUGGUGUCUGGCACGUUGUACAGAGGUGAACAUUUGCAAAGUGGCAACUUUACAGGACAGUGCGGCCCUUCAUUUUGAAUGCGUACUAUACCCAGACACACAGCUUUGCCAAAAAAGUAGUGAUUGGAUAUUUUCCGAAACAGACUGUGGCCUUACCCUACCUGAGGAACCACAAAUACUGUACAGGAGAAAAGAUGUGCUUGGAGGACGUGUUAAAAAUUUCUACACCCGCUUGCCAUUUCGUGAGGUGCAAGGCAUCUCAGUAAGAAACAGACUGAAUGUGACUGCAAGAGGAAUUCAAACUGGGUUCUUUGAAUGUGAACGCUUGUGCGAUGAAGAUUCUUGUUGCAAAGGAUUUGGAUUUCUGAAAGACCCACGACUUCCAGGUUUGGAGAUAACGUGUCUGACACUCAACAGUCUUGGAGUACAGUCCUGCAGUGAGGAAAUUCAGAAUUGGCGUGUCGUAGACUGUGAGUCAGCUGAUGUGAAAGCACCAACUUAUCACUUUGGAUGGUACCAAAAGCCUGUGAACCAGUGGAAACUUACAGGAAACAUUUGCCCCCCUGUCAGCCUUCCUCCACUUCCUCAAAAAGUGCUACUGAAUAACUGGAACAUCCUCAAGGUAUCCACAGGCCUCGAUCCCACAAUAACCUUUUUUGAUGUAUUGCACAUCGAUAGUGACAGUCCUGUGAUGACUGAAGAUUUCAGAAACUAUGCCAGAGACAGGUGCCUGUCAGCAUGUGUUUCCAGCCACACUUGUGUUACAGUUUCGCUUCAGCCUCAGCUGUCGGGGGUCAGGUGUCUUUUUUACCCUGACACCCACAACUGCCACCCUGGAUUGCAAGGCCAUGACUGCCAAAUAUUACUCAAGGAAGAAGCGGAGGAAGUCUAUUAUAAGAAAACUAUUGGAGGGUCGUGUACUGGUCGUUGUGGGUUGUACCAACCUGAUGAGGUUUGCCAGUGUAACUUGAAAUGUGAAGAUUAUGCAGAUUGCUGUCCUGACAUUCAUACCUGCUCUGACCCUUCCUUAUCAGAAUCCCAGCCCCAGUUAACAUCAAUUUUCCUUCCGGGUCAUGGAAUCUUGUUUGGAUCUAGUCAGGUGACCCAGGUGGGUGUGGAAUCGAAGACUGUGAACCGUUUCUUAGGUGUCCCAUAUGCAGCUGCUCCUACUGGUAAAAGCCGAUUCAAGGCCCCAGCAGCCUUUAAUUGGACUGGAGAAUGGAAUGCGACUUUCUACAGGCCUAGCUGUCUACAGCCAGGAGAUGCAAAGGCCAUCUACUCCACUGUAGAUGAAGACUGUCUCUAUCUAAAUAUAUUCGUUCCCAAGAGCAUUGCUAGAAACAAUUCUGUGCUGGUCUUCUUCCACAACGCGGCUGUAGAUUAUAAAGGAGAAAGACAGACAAACAUUGAUGGAUCCUACCUGGCAUCUAUUGGAAACAUCCUGGUUGUGACAGUAAACUAUAGAGUUGGAGUAUUUGGAUUCCUGAGUGAUGACACUGAUGCAAUGACUGGCAACUGGGGUUUGUUGGAUCAGAUGGCUGCUUUACAAUGGCUGCAGAGAAAUAUUGGUUACUUUGGAGGAUCAUCAUCUCAAAUCACUAUUGCUGCAGACCGCAGUGGAGCUGACAUCACCAGCAUGAACCUUAUGAGGAUAUCUUACAGCAGACUUUUUAAAAGAGCCAUACUAUUGGGAGGAUCAGCCUUGUCUCCGAGUGCUGUGAUGAGUAAGAAGAGAGCCCAGCAGCAAAUCACCAAAUUGGCUGAAGAAGUUGGUUGUCCACCCUUUAACAAAACAAUCUUAUUACCCUGUCUCCGUGCUCUACCCGCACUGAUCCUGAACGCUGCACAGACCAAGCUAUUAGCUGUCAGUGGACCAUUCCAUUCAUGGGGUCCCAUAGUGGACGGGGUUUAUCUGCAGGAACCUCCUGUCACUGCCCUAACCCACGGCCGAUAUCACAAGGUCGAUUUAUUGAUUGGGAGCGCAGAGGAGGAUGGGCUUGUUAGAAGAUCAAAAACACUCAAGAAGUUUGAAGAAUCUUCCGAAAAAUCAACAAGUAAAACAGCUUUCUAUGAAGCUCUUCAGAAUGCGCUGGGAGGAGAAAACUCAAACUCACUCAUCAAGGAUGCAGCAACUUGGUUUUACUCAUUACAGCACUCUCUGGCUGACUACGCUGCCUUCUCUCGGGCUUUAGAGAAUGCCACACGGGACUAUUUUAUAAUUUGCCCUGUUGUAAAGAUGGCUGCUCAUUGGGCCAACAGAACACGCGCCAGUACCUUCAUGUACCAUGUACCAGGAAGUCUUUCUCAACACAGUGCAAGCCUUCCGUCAGAUGUGCAGUUCAUUUUCGGCCUGCCCCUUCACCCAGACUCUGAGCAGCUAUUCACGGUACAGGAGCAGAGCCUGUCUCUCAUAAUCAUCCAGUACAUUGCCAACUUUGUCAAAUCGGGCAACCCCAACUAUCCAUUCAUCUUCUCCAGGAAUUCUGCUAGUGAGACUCUACCUCCGUGGCCUAGUUUCUUAGACAGUACUGAAGGCAGUAACUACAAAGAAUUUGCACUCACCCUUAAAAAUAAAAAAGGAUUGAAGACAGCAGAAUGUUCUUUCUGGAAUGAUUACAUUGAGACGUUUUUGGCAUCCACAGGUGAUGUCAGUGAGAAUGAACUGAGCAGAGAUCAACGUGGACAAGUCUUCCCACCAACACUCACACAAACACAACUACAGCCAGCAAAGGAAGUUUACAAUUAAAAUGAAAAUAUCUCCACCACCAUUGACUUCAAAUGCUAAUUCUGAUUUGUCUUAGAAACAUUUAAUGGAAAUUGCAGAAAAGAGUGUAGAAAAUAUUAAAA